AUGGCAGGAGAGGACCUCGACGACGCUGUUGCAGCGGCAGCUAAGGAAGCCGAAGAUCGCCGCCUCGCCGAAGAACGCGCCGACGCUGCUCGCCGUGCUGAGGAGGCACGCGCCGAGGCUGCGCGCCGUGCCGAGGAGGCUCGUCUCCGCACCGAAGCCCUCGACAAGUACGAGGCCAGCCAUGAGGCCGUUUGGGCGCAAGCAACUGCUGUCGUCAACGUCAAAGCGAUGAUCCCCAUCAUCCUCGACAAGGCCACCGGCACGUACACCAAGUGGCGCGGCAUGUUCCUCACCGUGCUUGGCAAAUAUGCCCUCGCCCCGCACGUCCUCGACGACGAGGUCUUCCCUGACCGCCCCGUAUGGGUCCAGGUGGACUGCGUCGUGCUGUCCUGGAUAUUCGGCACCGUCUCCAGCGACCUCCAGCAGUCGCUCAUGAUCCGGCAACGCCGCGCGCGCGAGGCGUGGUGCUAUCUUGAGGACGAGUUUCUCGGCCAGAAGGAGUCCCGAGCCCUCCUCUUAGAGACGCAAUUUCGCAACCUCCGUCAAGACUCCAUGACGGUCACCGACUACUGCCGCAAACUGGAGACCAUGGCUGCGUCCCUCGCCGAGUUCGGCGAUCCCAUCGGUGACCGCCAGAUGGUGCUUACUCUUCUUCGCGGGCUCAAUGGCAAGUUCCGUCACAUGGUGUCUGUUCUCAAGAUGCAUCGCCCGUUCCCGUCGUUUGCCGACGCCCGUACACAUCUGCUGCUUGAGGAAGUCGACAUUGAUGCUCGGCCCCCGUCUCCGCCCCCGGCCCUCAUCACCAACACGCCGCCGGCACCUGCUGCUCCACGCCAAGGGGCCACGGCGCCCACUGCUCCUGCUCGUUCAGCGCAUCCUGGCACCCAGCCGGGCGGACAUUCUGGAGGCCAGCAGGGCGGCCAGCGCAAUGGCAAUGGCCGUCGACGCGGCAAGGGCGGGCGCGGCCAGGGACAGGGCACCCAGAACACGUUCCAGCAGCAGCAGGCAGCUCCUCAGCACGGUUCUGGUGGUGUGCAGCACCCUACGUUCACCCACCCUUGGGCCGGCACCCUGCAGAUGUGGCCGUACGGCCGCCCACCGCCCCCUCCGCCGGCGUUCACCACUGCCACGGCUCAAUAUGGUGCUCCCUUCGGUGCUACAACCGGCGGCGGCCCCGGGAUCUACGGCGGCGCUCCCAGCUUCUACGGUGCUGGCGCUGGCUACCCCUACGGCUACGGGGGUGGCGUGCCCGCUACACCGGCAUUCCAGGGUACACCGUAUCACUCGGCACCCUGGAACCCCAUCCACGGCGGCGCAUGGAACCAGGACGCGUUGGCGCAGAACUUCAACACGAUGACACUCAACCCUCCGGCCCCGUCGGAGUGGUACGCCGAUUCUGGUGCUGGCUCUCACAUGUCCUCGGACGCUGGUAUACUCUCCACCACCUCCCCGCCCACUUUAUCUACUCCUUCAUCUAUCAUUGUGGGCAAUGGUGCUUUACUUCCUGUCACAGCCAUCGGAUCCCGCACUUUUUCUUUUCCGCAUCGUAAUCUAGUUCUUAAUAAAGUUUUGGUCUCUCCACAUAUCAUUAAGAACUUGAUUUCCAUUCGUCGUUUCACCACCGACAAUAAUUGUUCCAUUGAAUUUGAUCCGUUUGGUCUUUCUGUGAAGGAUUUACAAACCAGGAACGUGAUCGCCAGGUGCAAUAGCUCUGGCGACCUCUACCCGUUCUUCCCACCAGCCACCAGCGCCACUGCACUCCUCGCUGCACCCACCUCCUUAUGGCACCGCCGUCUUGGUCACUCUUUCGUCGACAGUCACCUUGGGCGCGAAGCUUUGUCCCAGCUCGUUAGUUCCAGUGCUAUUUCAUGUAAUAAGGAUGAUGAUUAUCACCUCUGUCAUGCUUGUCAGCUCGGUCGCCACAGAUUACCUUUCAGUACCUCCACCUCUCGAGCUACAAACAAUUUUGAUUUAAUACACUGUGAUCUUUGGACAUCUCCUAUUGUCAGUGUGUCUGGGUACAAAUAUUAUUUGAUUAUUCUAGAUGAUCGGUCACACUAUAUUUGGACCUUUCCACUCCGCCUCAAGUCUGACACUUUUUCCACCAUUGCCAAUUUUUUUGCUCAUGUGCGCACGCAGUUCGGCACCACCAUCAAGAGCGUCCAGUGCGAUAAUGGUCGUGAAUUUGAUAAUUCCAUGUCCCGCACGUUCUUUCUCUCACACGGUGUUGCACUUCGCAUGUCGUGCCCCUACACGUCACAGCAAAAUGGCAAGGCCGAACGCUCGAUUCGCACCAUGAAUAAUAUCUUGCGUUCUUUGCUGUUUCAGGCGAGCCUUCCUCCGGUCUACUGGGUUGAGGCACUUCACACCGCCACAUAUCUAGUCAACCGGCUCCCCACCAAAACGCUCGCCUCUGCCACCCCAUUUUAUCAUCUCUACGCUCGCCUGCUCCGCUGCACGCUGAGCACCAGGCUCCCAGCUCGCCUGCUGAGCUGA